UUAUGGAGGCGGGGGCGGCCGGAAAGCAACUGUGCAGUCUUUCCCGCGUUCAUUCACUACCUUCAGACUGGUUUUACCUCAGCGGCCUGAGGGGCAGAGGUUUUUACCUCUUGCUUCUCUUUCGCUCCAGGGCCUCGUAGCUCUCGGCCGUGGGUCGCAGCUGGAGCCCGCUUUGAGGGUGGCACGGCUGAGAUGGAGAGCCCGAGCCUGGGGGAUGGCGGAGCUGCCCCUGCGGUCUCCUGUAGCGAGCGCCCAGCCCCAGCCCAGCCCUGCGACCUCGGGGAUGAUGCUGUGAGAUUGGAAAGAGCGGGAGAAGAUGAGAAACAAAUGGUGGUAAAUGGAAGCAGUGCGUGUAACCCUCUGCUGCCAGAACCCAUUGCUUCUGCUGGGUGUGGUGGCACUGCAGUGACAGAAAGCCCCAAGUCGGUUCCAUGUGGAUGGGAAAGAGUUGUGAAGCAAAGGUUGUCUGGGAAGACAGCGGGGAAAUUUGAUGUGUAUUUUAUCAGCCCCCAGGGACUGAAGUUCAGAUCCAGAAGGUCGCUUACUAAUUAUCUGCACAAAAAUGGGGAGACGUCUCUUCACCCAGAAGAUUUUGAUUUUACUCUGGUUCCUAAAAGGGGCACCAAGUCAAGAAAAAAAGAUUGCAGCGUGGCAGAUCUCACGUCUCAACUGCAGAACAGCAGGAACGUUUCAAACUGGAACCUCAGGACACGAAGCAGGCAGGAGAAGGAUGAGUGUCCUCUGCCAAGUGCUUGUUCCGAGUUGCAGGGUAACAGAGGACUCUCUAACCCUGCUUCCAUUCAUCUGCCUUCGAAAGAAGAUGAGGGUGUUCACGAUGUUGCCUCUGGAAAAGGCAGAAAGUCCAAAGGAAAGGAGACUGUGUUAAAAGGAAUUCACAUUAAGAAAACUAAAAAAGGGUUCGGGAAGAAUCGUUCAGGUUCUGUUCAAAGUAGUAGGAAAAGAAACGCCGUGUGUAAUAAAGCAGGCGCUGAGAGAGAGCCUGUUCCGCAGGAGGGUGAGCUUGAGAGAGCGCUCUGCGUUUCCGAUGCCAGGGCAGGCAGCCAGCCCCUCGGUGUGACCAGUGCUGAAAAGAGCCUUGUGAAAGAAAGAUCAAGUUCAGAAUCAAGUUUUCAUCUUGAACAGUUAACUUCUGGAGUCACAAAUGAAUUAGGUUCGACCAAAGAAGCAGAACACAGUCAGAAGCAUGAGGAUACCUCUUCAGAAUCAGAGGGAAUCAGAACAAAAGGAGACACUGGGGGGAGGAAGGAGCAUUUGCAUGCUGACAUUUUAAGAUGUGGCGCUGAAAUGGACAGCAGCUGCUCACAAACCGAGACAGACUUGACUUCUGAGAAAAUACUUCAAGAAGACACCAUCCCACGAACACAAAUAGAGAGAAGAAAAACAAGCCUGUAUUUUUCCAGCAAGUAUAACAAAGCAGCUCUUAGCCCCCCACGACGCAAAGCCUUUAAGAAGUGGACACCUCCUCGGUCACCUUUUAAUCUCGUCCAAGAAACGCUUUUUCAUGACCCAUGGAAGCUGCUCAUUGCGACCAUAUUUCUCAAUCGGACCUCAGGCAAAAUGGCAAUACCUGUGCUUUGGGAGUUUCUGGAGAAGUACCCUUCAGCCGAGGUAGCGAGAGCCGCGGACUGGAGAGAUGUAUCAGAACUCCUCAAGCCUCUUGGUCUGUAUGAUCUUCGAGCAAAAACCAUCAUCAAGUUCUCAGAUGAGUAUCUGACAAAGCAGUGGAAGUAUCCAAUUGAGCUUCAUGGUAUUGGAAAAUACGGCAAUGACUCUUACCGAAUUUUUUGCGUCAAUGAGUGGAAGCAGCUCUCUGCUGUGCCCUCGGAAAGCAGUAGAAGAUGGCCUAAUUCCUUGGGGCCCUGCACCCGUGUGGGAGACUCAGAAGAAGACCUUGGCUCCUGGCUUUGGAUCGGCACAGCUCUGGCCAUUGCGGCCAACUGGGCAGUGAACCAGCGGAUGGAAGACCUCUCUCUCUCUCUCGCUCUCUGCCUUUCUCUCUCUCUUUGUAACUCUGACUUCGAAGUAAAUAAAUAAGUAAAUUUUCAAAAAGAAAAGAAAAUGAGCCAUUAAUACUUGAUUAGUGUCAUCGCUAUCCCACACUCCACGACAUGCUGAGGAUCAGUGCUAAAUUGAAAAGUACUCAUAAACUGUACAGAACUACCUUAAUGUAAGACAAAAUUUUUUUUUUAUUUAUUAUUUUUGACAGGCAGAGUGGACAGUGAGAGAGACAGAGAGAAAGGUUUUCCUUUUGCCGUUGGUUGACCCUUUAAUGGCCGCUGCGGCCAGUGCACUGUGGCCGGCGCAUCGCGCUGAUCCGAAGCCAGGAGCCAGGUGCUUUUCCUGGUCUCCCAUGCGCGUGCAGGGCCCAAGGACUUGGGCCAUCCUCCACUGCACUCCCAGGCCAUAGCAGAGAGCUGGCCUGGAAGAGGGGCAACCAGGACAGAAUCCGGCGCCCCGACUGGGACUAGAACCCGGUGUGCUGGCACCACAAGGCGGAGGAUUAGCCUAGUGAGCCACGGUGCCAGCCCAAAAUUUUAUUUUUAAGUGUCGCUCCCCCUCUUCGCGGAGGAACGACACAGGACCCUGCACUGUUCUUUCGUCUGCUCGGCCCUCCCCGGGUUUGCUGCUGGUUCUUCCCGGGUUGGCUGCCGUCCCUCCACCUCCGUGGAGGGGCGGGCCCCCCUGCCACUUUCCCCACUUCCACGGGGGAGCAGCACACCACCGGCCGGCUCUCUCGGGGGCUGCUCAGGUGUUCCUUCAGAUAGAUGUUCCUGGUGCAUGUUGUCUCUCUCCUCCUUUAUAGUCCUCUUCCACCAAUCCCAACUCUGCUACCCACACGCUGAGUACGCUGCUCUCCUCCAAUCAGGAGCAGGAUCAGCUCCUGCUGUUUAUUGGUUGAACUGGAGGCAGCUGUGUAAAAGUUGUUUACUCCUCUCCCAGCGCCAUAUUGUGGGAGAGCAGAUGCAUAGAAUAAGUCUUAAUUCCAGUAACUUAGUCUAGUCCGAGUUGCUCCCCACAUUUAAGAUGAAUUUAUUUACCUAUUUUAAAUGCAGAGCACGAUAGACAAAGAGGCAGAGAUGGAGAUCUUCCAUCUGCUGGUUCACUUCCCAAAUGGCCAAAUGGUUGGGGAUAGGCUGGGCCUAAGCCAGGAGCCAAGAACUGCAUCCUGGUCUCCCACGUGGCUGGCAGAGGCCCAGGAUUAGCAGGAAGCUGAAUCAGAAGUGGAAUAGCCAGGAUUUGAACUGCCACCCUGAUAUGGGAUGCCAGCACUGCAAACAGCAGUUUAACUCACUGUGCCUGCCACCAUCCCGGCCCCUGUUUUUAUUUUUUGAUUGUUUAUUUUGCAAAGCAGAGAAGCAGGUAGAGAACUCCUGUCUGCUGAUUUACUUCUCAAAUGCCUGCAGCAGCCAGGGGACUGGGCCGAACUGAAGCUGGGAGCCAGGAACUCAGCCGGGGUCUCAUGUAGAUGGGAGGGACUCGGUCCUUGAACUGUCACUUGCUGCUGCCUCCCAGGGUGCACAUUGGCAGUCAGCUGGAGUCAUAGGCAGAGCCAGCAGGGCAGGCUUUGUGGGUUAAGCUCUCCCCUGCAGUGGGCAUCCUGUUCUGUUUCUGAUCUAGCUCCCUGCUAUUGCACCUGGGAAAGCAGCCAAAGACGGCCAAGUCUUCGGGCCGCUACACUCACAUGGAAGACUGAGAUGAAGUUCCUGGCUUCUGGCUUCAGCCUGCCCCAGAACUGGCUGUUGCAGCCUUUUGGGGAGUGAGCCAGUUUGAGUUAUUUGCCUUUCAAAUAAAUAAUUUUUUUUUUUUUUUUAAGAACAGAGCCAGGACUUGAACCUGGUUACUUUGAUAUAGGAUAUUGGCAUCCCAGGCAGGAUCUUCACUCCUAUGCCAAAUGCCCACACCAUUAAGUGUAAAGCUUAAUUUAAACAUUCAAGAAUUCCACUAUACUAAGUAUUAUCACACACUUCAGUCAUUAUCAUACUGUUCUUCACCAAACCUUUAAAACUAAAGUAUUAAAAUUUAUUUUUAAAGACUUUUUAAAAAUUUGUUUAGUUGAGGCCGGCGCCGUGGCUCACUAGGCUAAUCUUCCGCCUUGCGGCGCCAGCACACCGGGUUCUAGUCCCGGUGGGGGCGCUGGAUUCUGUCCCGGUUGCCCCUCUUCCAGGCCAGCUCUCUGCUGUGGCCAGGGAGUGCAGUGGAGGAUGGCCCAAGUCCUUGGGCCCUGAACCCCAUGGGAGACAAGGGUAAGUACCUGGCUUCUGCCAUUGGAUCAGCGCAGUGCGCCGGCUGCGGCGGCCAUUGGAGGGUGAACCAACGGCAAAGGAAGACCUUUCUCUCUGUCUCUCUCUCUCACUGUCCACUCUGCCUGUCAAAAAAAAAAAAAUUUUUUUUUUUGUUUAGUUGAAAGGCAGAGUGAAAGAAAGAGAGGGAGAGACAAAGAGAAAAAGGGGUAUUUUGUGCCCUGGUUCACUUCCCAAAUGGACACACAGCCAGGGCUGGGCCAGGUUGAAGUCAGGAGCCUGAACUUCACUCAGAUGGUCUCCCACAUGGGUGGCAAGGGCACAAGUACUUUGGGCCUUCUUCAAUUGCUUUCCCAGGCUUAUUAGCAGGGAGCUAGAUCAGAAGUAGAGCAGCCAGGACAUGAACCAGUGUCACACGUGGCAAUUUAAACUGCUGUGCCAAAAUGUGGACCACUAAAAAUGUAUUUCUGACUAACUUACAUAAGACCUCUGUUGGGCCGCCUAAGCCUCUGCCUCAUGUCCCAGCUGCUUCUCUUCCCAUCCAGCUCUCUGCUAUGGUCUGGGAAAGCAGUAGAGGGUGGCCCAAGUCCUUGGACCCGCAUGGGAGACCCAGAGCAAGCUCCUGGCUCCUAGCUUUGGGUCAGCCCACCUCCAGCCCUGGCAGCCAUUUGGGGAGUGCACCAGUGAAUGGAAGAUCUUUCUCUGUUGCUCCCUCUGUCUGUAACUCUGACUCUCAAAUAAAUAAAUAAAAUCUUUAAAGAAAUGAAAAAAAAAAAAAAAACCUCUUCUAAUGUGU